UGUGACGAUAGAUAAAAGAAACCCUUCUUUUUCCUGGCAGUCACACCUACAGUUCGCUUUCAUAAUUCAUGGGAAAGUAUCGUAAUUCACUUCCUGGAAAACCCCUCGAUUCAUCGGAUGGACGAACAGUAUUUAAGAUUCCCUGAUCCAGCUGUAGCAAGCAUCCUUCUCUCAGCUCUCACAUCAGCUCACCCAUCACUUGGGAGUUCAGUGAUUUUUUUAUUUAAGAGAGGAUAGAUAAGCUUAGAGACUCAGGUUGCCUGCUUUGAUUUUGUUGGCACUCCCGUAUUUUGCUCUCGUUAAGGUAGUUUUCAGAGAACAUUUUGCUUCACUCAGCUGCAUCUCCUAGUGUUGAUUCAAGGCUCGACCACAGCACACUGAGACACAGUGGUCCUGGACAGUGACAUUUUCUCACACAGGAACACACUGCACAUUUUGAAAACAGCCCUUAGUUUGAGGUGACAGUUACUGUGGAACAAGAAUGAAGGUACAAGACCGUGAACCAGCCGGUUACCAGAAAAAGGAGACCACCACACAGACAGGGGGCAGCAGAGCAUCAGACAUAAGUGCAUCCUAUGCACAGCAUGGAUUCCUCUCAGGGCUGCCUGUGCUAGAUGCCCUAGAGCUGCAGGCAGCCAGGGAGGCAUUUGAAAAGCUGGAAAGGGAGUUUGGUAAAGAGUACACCCAGUACAGUCUCCACAAUGUCCAUCUGCAGUACGACUGGGUGAUGGCCCUAGCAAAGCACCCCAAGGUCCUAGAGCCAAUCAGCACAAUCCUCGGGCCAGAUGUCAUCUUGCUUGACUCCCGCUUCAUCUGCAAAUAUCCUGUUGGUGCUACUUCCAAAGGACAGGUGGGGAAUGGCAUCACUGUUGCCAAGCAGAACAGUGCACUCGACAAUGAGGAGGGGAAUUAUGGGAAAGCUCAUGCUGGACAGCAGGAUAAACCAGGGUUGCCUUUUGUUGCCUGGCACCAGGACAUGAGAUACUGGGGUUUGGCUGGGGGGCCAGUGCUCUCAGUAUGGCUGGCUCUUGAUGACGCUUCGGAGGACAAUGGAGCCCUGCAGGUCAUUCCAGGCAGUCACUGUUCUGGGCUCGUCCCACACCAGCCCUCACCCCGCUCAGGAAACAUGCUGUCUGUCAAUCAAGAGAUCCCAGAGGAGCUGGUGAAAACUGAUGAAGCUGUACUUUGCCCACUGCUGGCAGGGCAGAUGUCUGUGCAUGAUGGACUGCUGAUCCACGGCAGUGACCCCAACACGUCAGGAAGAAGGCGCUGUGGGUUUGUGAUACGUUUUGUCCCCACCUGUGCCUAUCCCAUUCAGGACCCGGAUCGUCCUCGUAGUUUCAAUGCCACAGUGCUGGUUUGUGGCACUGACAAGUUCAGGAAUUUUCCCAACAAUACCCCAGAACUGUAGAAGGCUGUGAGCACCACCAUCCAGUGCCUGCUGCCUCCUUGAAGAUGAUAUUUUAUAUCAUUCUCUAUCAUACCGAGCUUUGUUUUAUGCAUUUUAUGUGACAGAGAUGCACACUCGAAUAACUCAGGAUUCAUUGUUUAUCUGUGGCAUGGCUUGUACCAUAUCCAGAGAUCAAAGCAAAUAUGUUCACAUGGAGUUCAUGCAGAAUCUGUGUUGUGAUCUCAUGAAUAAUGGCAAGAAUUCUGGCAUCUGUGGUAGUCACAUAAUUGUAUUCAAUGACUGUUUUACUUGCGACUGUCUGAUGUAUGUUAACCAGUUCAUAAUAAGCAACCCUUACUAAAUCCAAUAAUAGCCUCAACUUCAUUGUUACAUGCUAAAUAUCAAGUUCAUUUUGUGUUCUUUUUCUGCUUGCAUACAAUAAAAAAAUGAACUUCAA